GCGCGCCCAGGCGGGGGCGGCGGGAUCUCCAAGCGCGGCGCGCCCUCCUCCCUCCCGCGCGGCGGCGGAGGCGGAGACGGCUGGCGGCGGCGGGAGAGCGCGGCGGCCGGACCGGGGCCAUGGCGCCCGCGCACCGCCCGCUGCUGCCUCUGCUCCUAAUCCUGCUGCGGCCGCCGCCCCCCGCGCUCGCCGAGGACGCCGCCCGCGCCAACUCGGACCGCUACGCCGUGUACUGGAACCGCAGCAACCCCAGGUUCCACGCGGGCGCGGCUGGCGGCGGGGGCUACACGGUGGAGGUGAGCAUCAACGACUACCUGGACAUCUACUGCCCGCACUACGGGGCGCCGCCGCCGCCCACCGAGCGCAUGGAGCACUAUGUGCUGUACAUGGUCAACGGCGAGGGCCACGCGUCCUGCGACCACCGGCAGCGCGGCUUUAAGCGCUGGGAGUGCAACCGGCCCGCGGCCCCCGGGGGGCCGCUCAAGUUCUCGGAGAAGUUCCAGCUCUUCACGCCCUUCUCGCUCGGCUUCGAGUUCCGCCCGGGCCACGAGUACUACUACAUCUCUGCCACACCACCCAAUGUUGUGGACCGGCCCUGCCUGCGGCUGAAGGUUUAUGUACGACCAACCAAUGAGACCCUGUACGAGGCCCCCGAGCCCAUCUUCACCAGCAAUAACUCAUGCAGCAGCCUGGGCAUCUGCCAGCUCCUCCUGGGCACCGUCCCUGUGCUGUGCGCGCUCCUGGGCUCCUAGUCCCCACCCCGCAGGACGCUGACCCACCCGGACCACUCCGCCUCCGAGACCAAAUAGAGACGCCGCUUCUCCCAUGACUGGUGCUGCCCCUGCGGGGCCAGGGGCCUUCCGCCCACCCCAGGACCUGCCCCAGGCAUGGCUGGUCGCUGAGGACCCCCAGUGCCCGUGGGCCCAUGUUGGCACAGCUGCUGGCCGAGCCAUCCGGUCUAGGGACGCUGGAGAAUCUGAGAACCUCUGAGCGAAUUUUUUUUUUUUUAAGUGUAUUUUUCAUGGUUGGAUCAGAAGGACUUGAGUUUUUAAUUUAAUUUAUUCCUUGCUGUUCCUGUUGACCUUGGGAAGGAAACAGAAUGGACGGUGGGUGGGGCGGGGGUCUCUGGCCCCCUGGGGGUUGGGGGGUGGAGGACCCCUGGUUUGGCCACUCCAUUUGUUGGGUCCUGGCUCCAGCGGACCCCUGCGCCCUCGGCCCCACAGUGUGUCACACGGGCCAUCUCACAGCACCCACAUCUUAGAAACCAUCUUGGCACUGCUGUGUCCCACCAGCCCCGCAUAGUUGCCCCCGAGGCCAGAGGAUGUUACAUUUCUGUAAAUAGAGCCGGUGAACAUAUACUGUGAUCGACUCUCACCAGACUCCUGCGAACGGCCUGGGGAGUCACUUAUUUCCUCACCCCUUCCUUGGAGGUGGCUUUUAUUUUGGUGGGGGGGUGGGCUGGACUUUUAGAGUAGAAGCUGCACUUUGCAAUAAGCUCAUUGUCUGUCGGAGUCCCUUCCCUCUACUCUGUGACCUAAUCAUGUUUAUAAGAAAAAAGAAAACAGGACAAAACAAAAUGGGGGAGGGGGCGGGUGGUGGCCAAAAAGAGACCCCUCCCCAGACACUUCAGUGAAGUGAACAGUGCAUUUGUACAGGUUUCAUAUUUCUAUCUGCCUUCCCGAUCUGUGUUUUAUAUAUAUUAUAUAUAAAUAUAUAUCGUGUGCGGUUGCCGGGGGCCGGCUGGCACGCCUGGUGGGGCGCUUCUGUAGGGAUAAGUGUGGGUGGGCGGUGUUGCCACGCCUGGAGCUGGUGAUUGGCCUGCCCACUCCCAUCAUGAGCAACUUUGAUUCUGUAUUUUUUUAUAAUAAA